UUUCUUGCGCGUGCGUGCAGCUCCUAUGCUCAGCCUAAGAGGUGGAGGGGCCGUGAGGAGUGUGGGCCCGAGGGUCCAUAGAUGACGUAUCAGUCGAUAGGCAUUUAUUCUACUGUUCGAGGAAAACAAAUAAGGGUGCAGCUUAGGCGAAAAGAAAAGCAUCUUAUUGCCAGUGUCUAAACUCCGGAAUGUGUCUGAGACCGUGUGUAUGGAUACACGUGUACUUGAAACAGCCCCGCCUGUGUGUACAGCUCUUGCUGUAAGUCAACGCUUUACCGGAGCUAUCGCACUUAAGCCUCAGAACAACUUUAUGAGUGGUUCUACUUGAAAGGAACGGAGAAGAGCAGAACCUUCAGAUAUUGAAUCACGACUUUGACAAAUACCAAAUGGGAGACGUGGCUGGCAAGAGACUGAUAAUAUACGAUAGAAACCAUUGGAAAGAUCAAAGGAGCCGUAAAAUUCAACUUCUGCUAGCCAUUCUUUCCCUUUUUGCUCUCCAUACACCUCAGCUGGGAAUCUUUAUAUGUGCAGUAUUUAUUUGGCUUGUGUUAUCCUGGUCAUUAUAAAGUUAUCUCGGAGGCUAAGAGAGCUGACCUUCCUGAGAAGGGAAAGCAGUCUGUUCUGACAGUGAUGACAAAAGGAGUUCAAGUCAUACCAAACAUCUUUCUCCCAUUUAGAAACAUCCUAGUAUUUAAGACCUAGUAUUUCAUUUCUCUCUACUCGCAUAUUUGUGUUCUCUGUUCUUAUCAUGUCUGUGAGAUGACCUGCCUAUUCCUGCUCUGCAGUAGUUCUGUAUAUUGUUGCAUGUCUAGUGCCUUGAACAGUGCCUAGCACAUAGCACAUAGGAAGCACUCAGUAAAUAUUUGAUGAAUGAAUAAAUGGUUAUCUUUUCUCUCUGGCAAUCCAAACCCAUUGCCACUUUCAAAAAAUCCACAUGAGAUUUUCCGAUUCCACUAAACUUCUGUCCAUAUCAAUCUAGUUUUAAAUCACUUCAUUUUGCACAUCCCCUUAGCAAUUAUUUGUAGUUUGUACUUGAUUAAUAUACUCUUAUUAUGUUACUUUUCACAUAUUCCUAUAUCUUUUCUAUAUAUGUUGUAUUUUCAACUAAAAGAUAAUGCCUCAAGUGUUAAAUACUGUAUGUGCUGUUCAACAGUGCCUCAUGUGCUGCAGAAAGAUAAACCCUCAAUAGAUGGGCAGGCUACCUACCUCCUUUUGAAACAUAUUCUCUGGAUCAGUGUGAUCUGCCUUGAAAGGGAGUUUAGAUACAUAGGUUCUGGUUUUUUGUAUUUCACUCAUAUAUUGUGUGACUUUGAGCAAAUUCAUUCCUUCAGUGUUCAGUUUAAGAACAAAUUAAGAAAAUAAACAGUUUCCUAAAGAAAAACAUUUUAGAGUUACAGAAGCAUUUGUAUGUUGGUAACAUUUCUCCAGAAAUAUUUAAUGUAAUAUACAAGUCUGGACUGGUCAAUUUUAAUCUUUCCUUGGAAUUUCCAUAGAAAAGUCCAUGUAGCAGAGACACUGAAAUAAUAUUAUACAGAAAAUAUUAACUAUAGAAAGAACCAUAGCUUCUUCAUAGAGAAGAACCAGAGAUAAUAUCCUGGAUUUUUGCAGUAUUUAAGCUACUCCUUAGUUGUCUCACAAAGGAAUUUAGUGCAGAGGAACACAUUCAAGGAAUUACUGAGGUUCAGAAUAAGACUGUACAAAGUAUAAGAGUGUUUUCUAUAAUAGUUUCUAUAAUAGUUUUCAAAUAGUUAAAUUAAGAGUCAUUCAUUCUCUGGGCUCUUUCUCCAUCUACACUGUCUUCUGGCAACAAUAAAGUGCACCCUAUACAUGAAAGCAAUUUCUAACAAUGCCAAAUCAACAGCAGUUUCUAGGUCAUUUCCAUUCCUUCCUCCAUGAAAAUGUACAACAUUUAGGUUAUUCCAUGUAUUUCCCCCAUGCCCCAAAAUUGUUAGGUUGCCAGAGAAAACUGAUCAGGUAAUGAAUUACCUUUUGCCUUCAGGUAGUCAUUCUAAGUACAUACAAAAUCAGACAUUAACAUGAAAAUAUGAGGGGAAGAAAAACAUCAAACCACAGAAUUCAGUUUUAGUCUUACUGACAUUUAUAUACCACACUUCCUGUUUAUGAUUUCAAAAGUGCAGCCAUGCAGUGCUUCUACUAAAAACUGAGUAAUUGGGAACACUUUUGAGGAUUAAAAUGGCAACUUACUCAAAGGAAAAAAAAACCACUAAAUUUACUGUUUGUGGAAUUGUUAUCUUUGUUGUGUAAAAAGUUGAAUAUUUUUCAAACAUCAUUUACUAAUAGUGUAAUUAAAAGGGAACUUGAUGGCCUUGUGCCUUUAAAACAAGCAGCCCAGUUGAGAGUCUUAGUUCUGAAUUUGACUAGUUGAUGGGAUAAGGAAACCAAGCCAACGCCCUUUAAUCUAUAUCUAUCUCUAUCUAUAUAUCUAUAAAGGUAAUUCUUGCAAACAUUUGCUUUUUUCCCCCUCAUUUUGAGAUUUCAGUUGACUGUUGUUAUGCAUUAAUUAACAAUUAGUUCUGGCUGAAGGAGGGAAAGGGUAGAAAUGAAUACAGUUCUUAAAUGAAAGGUCCUUUCUUCUACUACUAAUUUAUUCUAUUUGAAGCAUAAUUGUAUGAGUUAAUUUAAUUUUGGUGAUCACUUCAGAAUGUGUGUGUGUGUGUGUGUGUGUGUGUGUGUGUGUGUGUGUGUGGAGAGAGAGCACCCAAUGAGCAGUGGCUGCUAGCUGGACAUCAAAAUCCAUGUUCUCACUUCUUCUUGGCCAUACAGAUAAGCUUAUUCCCAGCCUCCCUUGCAGUUAGCUGUGGACAUGUGACUUAAGUUACAGCCAAUGGAAUGAGAAUGGAAGUUAUAUGUACUACUUUGAGUCCCCGCCCCUAAAAACUCCCCUUCCUAUGGGUUGAAAGAGAAAAGACCCCCAGAGAGAUCUUGGAACUUUGGUACUGAAAGCUUAGGUACAGAAAGACCUUGAAAACUAAGUACUGAAGUACUUGUUUAUUUUAGCAAGAAACAAACUUGAGCUAUUAUACAUUUUGGGGUGGAUCUGUUAAUGACAAUUAGCUUACCAUAUUAAUGCAAUGUACAAAACUUAUAUUUGCAGUGUCCUGUGAUGUACAACUCCCGUGGGCAACAUUUACAUUGUAAUGUAUGUAAUGGCUACAGGUAUGUAUACAUAUGGAUAUAUAUAAAUGUUCCCCCCAGGGGUUGUGUAACAUUGUAGCUCUGCCGAACCGACUCCAACUUCUCUCGGGUUUUAUUUUGUAGGAGCAUCCAUUUGUGUAAAGGCACUUCCCUUUUGUGUUUGUGGUAAUAAAUUAAGGUGGAAUGGAUCAUCCAACAAGAAUCUUAAGGGCAAAAUGUAUACUUAUGAACCACAUCAGACCUCUUUGUUAGAUUUGUUCACCUGUGUUAGCUACAGACUCUUCUUAUAACCUAUUACCCUCUGGCAUGCAUUAGGCCAACAGAGAGUGUUAGAAGUGCCCUUCCCCUCUGCCCGCCAGGCUUACUGCUGUGAGUCAUAAAAACUUUUCUGGGCUUCAUUUUCCUUUUCUGUAAAAUGAGAGCUGGAUUAUAUGACCCCAAAGAUCCCUUCACUAAAAUUCUACUAUCUAUGACUACAAUGUCCAUAGCUAUUGGUAGAAAUAAUUGUUAAUGUGAAUGUUCCUUCAGAUUCCAAAUUGAUACUGUAUAGGUGCUUAAAAGUAACUUGAAGUUAUAAAAAAGAUGUUUAACUUGCACCAGUUCACAAAGAGGCACAACAGAGGUUCUACUCUUCUCCCAAACAAAAACUAUUAAAUUGAAUUUUUAACUUACUCAGGAUAGUUUUUAGAGUAAUUAUAAAGCACUAUGUCACCUCUCUGAUUUCUUUACUCAGUUGGUGAACUAUCAAACCAAUGCAGAAUUUGACAUUUAUUAAAACAAUAUACCAUAUUACAAAAAGCCCUAAAUAGCAGAUUGUGCAGUUGUUCGCUGAAUUUAGCAGUUAAAACCUUAAAUUUUACUUCUCCUAAUAGUAUACUUAUUUCUACUGUUUCAACGUAAUAACAAUGAAUACUAUAACAAGUUCAGGAUCAUGGCAAAAUCACUAAAGUCAUAGUUACUUUUGUCAUAGUUAACUAAGUCAUAUAUGACUUAGUGCUAAAUCACAUUUUUGUUAUAGCUGACAAAAAUGAAUCUACCUGUUUGUCUGCUGGUAGGGAUUUAAUCUCAUGGAUUUCAACUUUGGUUAAAACUAAAAAUAUACAUUAUCCAGACUUGAUGCAGGCAUGGAAUUGGCUUUAAUUCACAUUCUUUUGCUUUGGGAGAGCUGCAGAAAUAUGGACCUUGCUCAGGGAUGAUGCUAUUUUCGAAAGGAGAAAGGACAGGCUGUAUAUCAUUGUCCAAGGUAGAGUUUUUACAUUAAGAGAAAGCCAUGUAUAGGCUGGAGUAGAUGAGAAGAAGAAAUCACAGUAACUUUUUUUCCCCAAAAGGAACAAGACAGAGAGCUUGCAAUAGUAUUUUGAGUACCAAUAGGCAAGUAUGGAUUCUAAAUAUCCUUAGAUAAUUGCAGAAAUUAGGAAACAGUUUUUAAUAUGAACGCAUAAAUAAAUUUUGGUAUAUCCAUAUGUUGGAAUGCUGUGCAGAUGUUAAAAACAUGUUUUCAAAAAAUUAAACAACAUGAGAAAAUGAUCAUUAUGAACUACAAAUCCUUUAUUGCUAUCAAACAGGAAUCAAUCUUAUUCUUUCCAAUGUCUGUAGCCUUCCUCAUGCCAUUUCCUCCCCACCCCCAGUAUAAAUAAGAGCAUAAUGGAAGAAAGGUUUUAAGGAGAGAUGCACAGACAGUGAAUUUUAAAGCUUGAAGGGAUUUCAGAGAUCAUUUAGUCAAAAUUCAUCGUUUUGCAAAGGAAACUGACACUGGAAAAUUAAAUGUCUCACUUAAGGUCUCGAUAUCAGCAUUGCUACUUGCCAAAACCUGGGUUUCCUUGAUCCCCAAAUCUGGCACAUUUUACCUUCUACUGUAACAUGCUACAUCUGAGGUUGGGUCAGACCAGAUUAGAGAGAGUACUUUUGGAGAGGGUGGGUACAGGGCACAAUGGUAAUGGAAUGGUAAUGAUCAGAGUCAUAAAAUAUCUGUGGAGAUCAUCUAUUUCCUAAUAAUUCUAAAUCUUUAACUUUUUUCUUACUCAGUACUGCUUUAAAAAUUCUUGGGGGAGAACUCAGAUCACUUCUUUGUCUCACAUAAAUAACACUAAGUAGUAAAAGUGACUAGAUUACAACUUAUGACUUUUACUUAUUUGUUCAUUUACUUUUGUCUGUCUCUUCCACUAGACUGUAUCUUCCAGGAGGGCAGGCCUAUAUCUUUUUGCUUACUCCAGCUCCCUUCUAGCAAGUGUUUGACACAUAAAAGAUGUUCAAUAAGCAUUGGUGAGUGAAUUACUAAAUCAUAACUACUACAAAGCAGUAAUCUUAUUUGCUUUGGCUCUAUUUCUUCUGGAGGUUUGGUUUUCCCAAGUUUUGUGAUUCCAUCACCGUUCUAAAUUAAUUUUAGAAUUGGGUGAAUGUGCUCUAUUCUUCAUAUGCUCUGAAGUUCAGUCUAGCACAAUUGAACUGUUCUAUAAUAUUAAUUUUGGUACUCUUAAAACUCUUGUGCCAAAUUUGCUAAAUUUGGGAAUGACCUUGAUCUGUAAUUUUAUUUAGGUUUUUAUCCACAGAUGAAUGUGUAAUUCACCACCAUGAAUUAGUAGUGUGCAUGUGAAAUUAAACUGAUGAUGAGUCAGGAGGCAACACUGUUGGGUGAGCAAAUUUGGAAAUAGGAAAAAAGAGAUGGUAAACCUUGAAAAAUAGAAGUAUUAGGCUGAAAUAAGUAUACAUUUAAACUUCUAUCUCAAAUUAAGUGUAAGUUUCAAACCUGAUAAAAAGAAGUAACUAAUAUUUUGAAGAGUGGAUUUUUCCUUAAAGGUAAGAUAUUAAAAUAAAAACAAAGCAAAACAAAAACACUGAGCCUAAAUUUAAACAUUAAUCUCAAUUUUAAAAGGUAGGCCUCAUACCUUUUUCUCCUUAGGUUUAUUUUCAAUAUAAAUAUAUGUAGAGAAUUAAAAGAGAUAUAUAUUUUUUAACAGCAAAAUUUUUACCAGAUGAAGAAGCUUAAAAAUGUUGGCCUUGUAGUCUAUUUCUAGGAAUUCAUCCUAAUUUAGGAAAUAAUCUGAAAUGCUAAAAUAGAUUUAUGCAUAAAAAGUUCACAGCAACAUUAUUUAUAAGAAAGUAAGGAAAAUAGCUUAAAUGACCACUUAAGGAAACACUACUCCACACAAGGAUCAUUAAUGCAGCCAUUGAAAAUGUUUUUAAAGAGUUUUAAAUAACUUGAGGAAACAUUUCU